AUUCAGAUACCAUUUCAAUGCCCUCGAUCUCUUGUCGACUUGCAUCACUGUGAUUACUUGAAGUCACCGCAGUUCAUUGAUCGAUAUGCAUAUUUUUCACAGGCAAAUCAAGCGACGACUUAUAAGAUUCAAACUGAGCAUUAUAGAAGGCAUCGUAACUUACUGUUGCCAUCAGGGCUUGGCAAUACUAUGUGUGCACUAUACUGGCAGCUAAAUGAUGUUUGGGCUGCGCCUACUUGGUCCACGAUUGAUUUUGAUUUGAACUGGAAGAUGGCCCAUUAUGAAGUGCGUCGAUUCAUGGCACCUGUGAUCGUAGUAAUUUAUGCUUCGGGUCUGAAUGAUAUGGGAGUGACGGUGGUGAGCGACUUGCCCACAACUGCAGAAGUUGCUACCCUACAAGUUGAUAUGUUUGCAUGGACCAAUGGAUUUGAUCCUAUAUAUAGUGAGGGAAAAGCGGUCACCAUUGCUCCGCUCAGCGCAACGGAGGUAUCAUUAUCAGAAUCGACGUUGAAAUGGCAAGUAGGUGAUGCAGAUUUUCUGAUACGAGCCAGACUUUCCAAUAGCUCCGGUGACCUUAUUGCUCCAGAAACCGUACUUCUUCCGGACAAGCUUUAUGAGAUUGAUUUCAAUGCAAUUGGCGAUGUCUCGAUCACCGACUUCAAGGCUGUAGAUGAUCUAACCUAUUUGCUAUCAAUUAACGCCACUGGUCUUUCACCCUACACAUGGAUCUCAGUGUCGAAACCGUUCACAGGGUGGUUUUCUGAUAAUGCUUUCACCAUGACAGUCCCUACACGAGAAGUUAAACUUCACCUUCGCUACCCGGUUCAACUAUCUAGAGAUGACUUUCGUGUUUGCAAUUUGAAAAAUUGCGGUGUAUUGUAG